CAUGAAUUUAAAAUGGCGGAAGUGGAAGGAUGUGCAGGCUGCCGGGAGGAGCGAAGCGUUGCCGUCGAUUGAAACCGGAAGAUCUAAACCGAGCAGGCAUGGGCGCGUGAAUGCGAUGGGCAUUGCACGGAGGGUCGCGUUCUGCGCUGGGAGGCUAGGACUUCCUCCUCACUGUCUCGAGGAGGAGAGCUCGGAAACUAACUCAAAUCAACUUUCCUUUUUUUUAAAAAUAAAUAAAUAAUAAUAAUAAUAAUAAAAUCAUGAUAUCGCGCGCUGACUACCAGAAAUUUAUAACAGACUCUAACAUGGCGCGAUUGUUUUCUUUGACUUCUCCUUGUGUUUAUAAUUUAUUUCACCAUAAUAAUUCAUCGCCAACUGCCGGAGCGUUUUGUUUAUGUAUUUUCUCGAUGAACAGCUAAGAUCUAUGUGUUCUUAAUCGCUGAAGAUGUCGCAUUUGAUUUUUUUCUCUGCGUGAAUGAUUGUGCCAUUCUGAAGUCGCCUCCACGUUUCUUUGCGCAUAUCUUUCUGCAAAUUUCUCUGCUUUGGUUUCAUCUCUCGGAAGAAGAAGCUUCUUGGGAAUCCCACCGGGACUCGUAAGACGUGUUUGUUUCCAAGAUGUUCUUCCAUUGCAGAGAUUUGUAAGAUUUCUUGAUUUCUGAGUACUUGGAUUUUCUCUGCGUUCAAUUUGGGCGUCGGGACAUUCUUCAUUCGGGCGUAGUUGUUUUGGGUUCUAUAGCUUAUUUGUAAUCAUGGUGUUCCGGAAUUUGGACUUGGUCUUAAAAUUGGCGAGCCAAGAUUAGGGUUGUUUUUUUGGUCCUGACUGGACUUUGAUUCGCCUUACGAAUCUGGCCCCUUUUCAGGCCAGGCUUGUUGAUUUUGUGAGAUUGUCCCUGUUUGGGGAAUUUGUAGGGAAUUGCUGCUGAGAGAUGCAUUCUUGCAUAAUGUCGAGGAGAGAUUAAGUAUCUGUUAUUUAUAAUUUUGCAAUUUGGUGUAAUGAGUAGAUAACCACGCACAUUUUUGUCAACAAGGGGAGAUUCAGGUAAGAUGGCUUCAUUAAAUCCACUGCCAAAGUCUCCACCUUUAGCGGUGCCACCAGUUUCCACUUCACCUUCAAACUCUUCAGCAACCUUGCCACCUCCUUCAACCCCUUCUACCCCACCACCUCUGUCUCCUCCUCCACCAGCGCGGAGCAUCCCCUCUGCUCCACCUCCGUCAUCACCGCCUCCUCCAGCUUCAUCGUCACCACCACCAACUUUGCCACCGCCAUUGCCCCAAUCACCACCGCCAUCACCUCCAGUAUCACCACCGCCAACAUCACCGCCACCGCCUCCUACUACCCCUCCUCCAGCUGCGACUUCACCCCCAUCACCAUCAGGAGGUUCUCCUCCACCCCGAGCCUCUCCAGUGCCUCCGGCUGCAAAGCCGCCCCCGGCCCAAGCUGUUUCAUCUCCUCCACCUCCGCCAGUCAAUGUUCCAACUCCUCCCUCCUCCAUUUCUCCGCCUCCACCACUUGGAAAUUCUCCACCUCCCGUGCUUUCAACUCCUCCACCUGGUUCUCCACUUGCUCCUCCACCAUCUCCGAAUUCUCCCCCAGGACUGACACCAUCACCUCCUCCUGCUCCGUCAUUGUUUUCCCCACCCUCUAUUUCUCCUCCAGCUCCUCCGCCUCCUAGUAGUAAUUCAGCAGGGAAUGGAUCUUCUGCCACUUCUCCCUUGCCUUCUGUUCCAACAGAGAAACCAACUGCAACUACUCCUGGUUCAAAUGCAACAGCAAAUGCCCCAUCCACAAAUGGUGGAGGGAUGCAGACUGGUGCUGCAGCGGGCGUCGGUCUUGUAGUCAGUUUUUUGGCACUAAGUUUUGUUGUGAUGGCUGUAUGGUUUGUAAGGAAAAGAAAGAAAAGUAAAGCUGGAUCAAAUGCUGGCUAUAUCAUACCUUCUCCAUUUGCCUCCUCCCAGAAUUCAGAUAUAUCAUUUCUAAGGCCACAUUCAUCAGCUCCCCUGGUAAGCGGUACACCUGGUAGCGAUUUCUUGUAUCCACCAUCAGAGCCAGGUGGGGUAGGGAAUUCAAAGUCAUGUUUCACAUACGAAGAAUUAAUCGAGGCCACAAAUGGGUUUUCAGCCCAGAAUCUUUUGGGUGAAGGAGGGUUUGGCUCUGUGUACAAAGGUUGCCUGUUGGACGGAAGAGAAGUAGCUGUAAAACAACUAAAGAUUGGUGGUGGCCAGGGUGAACGGGAGUUCAGAGCAGAAGUUGAGAUUAUAAGCCGAGUACAUCACCGCCAUUUGGUUUCAUUGGUGGGUUACUGUAUAUCUGAGCGUCAACGGUUGCUUGUCUAUGAUUAUGUCCCAAACAAUACACUUCAUUAUCAUCUCCAUGGUGAAAGAGGACCAAUCAUGGAUUGGGCAAUGCGAGUAAAAGUUGCUGCAGGUGCUGCUCAUGGAAUAGCUUACCUGCACGAAGAUUGUCAUCCCAGGAUUAUUCACAGGGAUAUUAAGUCAUCAAACAUUCUACUAGAUAACAACUUUGAAGCCCAGGUUUCAGAUUUUGGACUUGCAAAGCUAGCAUUGGAUGCACAUACACAUGUAACUACACGUGUGAUGGGAACCUUUGGGUACAUGGCUCCGGAGUACGCUUCGAGUGGCAAGUUGACUGAAAAAUCAGAUGUUUUUUCAUUUGGGGUUGUGCUUUUAGAGCUGAUUACUGGUCGCAAGCCUGUGGAUGCAUCUCAACCAUUGGGUGAUGAGAGCUUGGUUGAAUGGGCUCGACCUCUGCUUACUCAAGCGCUUGAUGAUGAAGAGUUUGAAGAGUUAGUGGAUCCAAGGCUUGAAAACGACUAUGUCGAAGGUGAGAUGUUCCGGAUGAUAGAGGCAGCUGCAGCUUGUGUGCGUCAUUCUGCUGCAAGGAGACCACGAAUGAGCCAGAUUGUACGAGCAUUGGACUCCAUUGCUGACUUAUCAGAUCUAAGCAAUGGAAUGAAACCUGGCCAAAGUGAAAUUUAUAAUUCAGCACAACAUUCUGCACAAAUCAGAAUGUUUCAGAGAAUGGCAUUUGGUAGUCAAGACAGCGGUUCAGAUUUUUUCAAUCAAACUCAAAGUAGCUGGAGGAGUUGAGCUGCAACUUUGCCUACAGCAGCAAAAUUUUUUGGUAUAAAGCAAUUGACACAUCUCUAAUGCUUUCCUAAUUGCAAAUUUUAUUCAUCGUUGAGUUUGAAAUUUUCUAGAAUUGAGGAUGUGGUUUGAGCCUUCUCUAUUUGAUCCUGUUACGUGACUCUGCUGCUCCUUGGCCUCCUUUGAUGUAAAAUCUGAUGCACUCUUGGCUGUAAUAUUUUUGGCCUGGCUAACAUAAUUUCGCUUGUACUGAUACCAUUUUUCUUCUCCCCACCCCCCACCUUUUUUGUACUUUGGAUAUUUUGUUUGUUUAGAUUCUUUCAAAACAUUUUGUAUUAUUUAUUUCAUUGAAUAUAAUUUCAGUUUCUCCUUUUUUUCAA